AUGGGGAAAACCUACGAGGCCAUGUUUUCGAAUACUGCAUCGUGUCCGGGCAAUAGAAAUGAUUGGGAAAAUCAAGGCCGGCACCGAAAUUGUUCUAAAACGAAUAAAGUCUAUCAUUGUCUUUUUGAUAAUAAUGGAACUCUAGGAGAAAUAUGCCUCAAAGGACCCCCUGCACAGGUUCCAAAAAAUCACUGUCCACAGUACAAUCACAUGGCGAGAGAUGUAAAUACAGUUCCUUGUAAUAAGUUAACAGGCUGUCCAGAUGAGACAUUCUCUUCCAAUGAGGUAUAUAAAUAUCCAGUUUGUCUACAGGGCAAAUAUACCGAUACUACAGAGAGUCCAAGUCCAAGUACAAUAAGUUCUGUUGUGUAUGAUGGCGACCCCUCAUCUCUACCGUGGCUAUAUAUAGGCGUGUCAGUUGGAGUACUUGUCCUCCUUAUUAUCCUCAUUAUAGUAGCUGUUGUGUGUUUCAGAAGAUCAAGACUCUGUCAUCGUAGAGGAUCCGUUACCAAGUGA